AUGUCAGAUAGCUCCAUGAAAGCCUAUCUGGCUGCAAAGUACAUGUCAGGCCCUAAGGCAGAUGCUAUUCUAUCCCGAACAUCCGUAGGAGCGACAAAGAAGAAGAAACGCAAGGUUGCACCAGGUUCUAAAUCUGUGGCCUCCGGCUCUUCCAUGAUCAAGGAUGAUGAUUUGUCGGGCUGGGACAACGCCACUCGUGAGGUCGAAGAGGAUGACAUAGAGGAGGCAGUCGUGGCUGCAGACCGCGGGUUUAAGAAGCGACAACGUAUGGAUGAAGGGUCAGGAUGGGCAACCGUCCGCGAGAGAGAAGGAGAGAGUCCUCCACCUACUGCAGAUGAGCAACCGCAAGUCGUCCAGGAAGAGGAGGCGACGGCCUUUGUAGGGGGUUUACUCACCUCUGCACAGCUUAAAAAGACACUACCUCGCGAGAAAGCUGUCAAGUCAUCUGAGGCUGACGAGAAAGAGCGUCAAGCUGCACAGGAGACGAUUUAUCGAGAUGCGUCAGGAAGACGGAUAGACACUGCCGCAGAACGUGCAGAGGCUGCGAAAAGGAAACGAGAGCGGGAAGAGCAGGAGGCCCGCAAGAUGGAGUGGGGCAAAGGUCUAGUGCAACGAGAGGAGGCCGAGAAGCGAAAGCAAGAGGAGGAAGCAAUGCGCUCACGGACAUUUGCGAGAGGACGUGAUGAUGUUGAGCUCAACGAGGACCUCAAAGCGCAGGGUCGAUGGAACGAUCCCGCGGCACAAUUCUUGACAAAGAAGAAGACGAAAGGUCCAAGGAGACCAGAGUACACUGGUCCUCCGCCUCCUCCUAAUCGAUUUGGUAUCAAACCUGGAUAUAGAUGGGACGGUGUUGACCGUGGCAAUGGUUUCGAAAAGAAACUGUUCCAACGCCAGAACGAUAAGCGGCGCCGUGGACUUGAGAGUUACGAAUGGAGCGUGGAUGACAUGUGA